AUGAAGAUGUUCUCGUCCUACGCUGUACUGGCGGCCGCUGGCCUGUAUGCGGUGAACGCGGCCGAGUUUGUCUUCAACAACAAGUGCCCUUAUACCAUCAACCUCCACGCCGCCCACGGCAAGCACCUCUGUGACAUCGCGCCCGGCCAAACACGCGACAAGAGCUGCGGCGUCACGAUCACGACCAACGCGCCCGGCAUCUUUCGCCACACGGCGUCCGACCAAGUCAACCUCAUCGAGUAUGUGCUCAACGGGCAGCUGUGGUAUGACUUCAGCAACAUCCCGCCCAUGCCGGGCAAUUGCAACAGCUUCCAAGACUGCAAGGCCAAGACCAAGGCCGUCGGCUUCAACGUGCCCAUGUCGCUCACGCCGAGGAAGAAAGCUGGCACAAACUACAGUCCCAGCUGCGUUGCGCUUCUCGAUCUCAAGGAGGACGCUCCGGACGCCUACCUCUUCCCCGCCGACAUCAAGACGCACGACUGCCCCGGCGACAUGGUUUUCGAUGUUGUCUUUUGCCCUGGCGGGUCGGCCCCCGCUUCAGGCCCCGCUCCAGCCCCCGCUUCGGCCCCCGCUUCGGCCCCCGCCCCGACCUUGGACACGUGCACGACGCAGAUGGAUGUCGACUACCCGGGCAACGACAUUGCCAACAGUCCGGUGACGGGCGACCGCAACACGCAGGUCGGUCAGUGCUGCGCCAAGUGCUCAAGCACAACCAACUGCGUGGCCUUCACAGUCGGCUACAACACGUGUUACAUGAAGUCGUCGAAAGGCAGCCCGCGGCCCGCGACCGGCCUCGUUUCGGGCUCCCCGGGAGCUGCACCGCAGCCGUCGGGGACGUGCACGGCGCAGAUGGGUAUUGACUUUACGAGUAGCGGCACCAACAACGACAUUGGGAGUGCCCCGGUCUCGGGCUCGACGACGGACCAGCUCGCGCAGUGCUGUGCUUUGUGCUACAAGAACGACAAGUGCGUCGCGUACUCGGUCGGGUACGGCUCGUGCUACAUGAAGUCGAGCGUCGGCGUGCCGCGUGCCAACUCGCAGGUGUCGUCCGGCAUCAAGGGCGCAGGUCCGUCGAUCCAGUGGAAGCAGGACUACUGGGGCAACGACAUCCUUGGCCUUGAUAUGCCCGGGUCGGCCAUCGACCAAGCGACCAUGUGCCACAGCCUCUGCAAGACGACGGCCAACUGCGCCGGCUUCACCAUGAACGGUGGUCGCUGCUACCUCAAGCACCAACUUGCCAACGGCUACAAGAGCGACACGGCGUACUCGGGCACCAAGAACUAG